GGGGCAGCAGAGGGGGAAUGGGGCAGCAAAGCGAUGGCUGACGGCAACGCUGCUGACGACACGGGGCUAGCCGGUUUCGCGCUCGAUGACGACGACGCGCUGGGCGGGCACGCGCUCGGUGACGACGACGCGCGGGGCGGGCACCCGCUCGGUGACGGCGCGCUGCAGACGCGGCCUUUCUCGGCCUUUCCACUUAUUUCCUCUUCUGCUCCCGGACGGAAGGCCGGUUGCGCAGCAACGAUGGCGGAUUACUGGAAGUCCCAGCCAAAGAAGUUCUGCGAGUACUGCAAAUGUUGGAUAGCAGAUAAUAAGCCUAGUGUGGAAUUUCAUGAAAGGGGAAAGAAUCAUCAAGAAAAUGUGGCAAGAAAAAUUAGCGAGAUUAAAAAGAAAAGUUUGGAUAAAGCAAAGGAAGAGGAGAAAAAGGCAAAGGAAUUUGCUGAGAUGGAGAAUGCAGCCAUGAAAGCUUAUCAGGAAGAUCUGAAGCGGCUAGGAGUAAAUGUGUCAGCUUCAUCAUCAUCAAGCGCGACUGAAAAAAAACCAGCAGAAACAGCUUCUGACACACAACGUGGUACAAAGCAAAGUAAAGCUAAUGUUUGGGUGGAAGGUGUCUCACCUGAAGGAUAUACCUAUUACUACAACACUGGAACAGGAGAAUCACAAUGGGAAAAGCCUGAAGGGUUCCAAGAGAGCUCAAACUUUGUGCAGAGUGAAGUUGCACAACAGCACCUGUCAGCCUCUUCAUGGGUAGAAGGAAUUACUCCAGAAGGGUGCACCUACUAUUACAAUCUUGUAUCAAGAGCUUCACAGUGGGAAAAGCCUGAAGGUUUCAUCUCUGCUAGCGAUUGCUCAGAUACAGCUAGCAAAGAUAAGAUAGAACCUGAGGAAUCCACUAAAGAACCCACAGCUGCAGAAAUUACUGAGAAAGGCUCUGAAGAUUGCUCUACAGGAGAAGAGGAGCAACUGCAAAGUGAAACAAAUGUCUCUGUCCAGAAGCAAAUUGCUGCAGGAAUUGACAGCAAUGCAAAGUCCUCUGAGGGAAAUCUUGAUACUGAGCUGGAAAGCACAUUGCCCCAAGAUGAGCAACAACAGGAAGCAAAGAAAUCUUUCAAGAGGAAGAAUGUAAACCCCUAUGGGGAAUGGGAAGCUGUUAGAGUGGAAGAGAAUGAACAGAUAGACCUGCAACUGCCUACAGUGGAGCACUCUUCUCCAACAGUGAUCGAUGUAAACCAGGAACCAAAAGUCAAAUUUAAACAAAAAGAAAUAACUUCACUGGGGAGUGGCGCAGGAGGAGAGACAAUGUUUAAAAAAAGGAAAGUUGAAAAUGGAAAAUCUAGAAACCUUCGGCAGAAGGGAAAUGAUAAUUGAAUAUCACAAAGUAUACAGAAAUAUGUACAAUCUUAUCUGGCUUUGAUUUCUGUAGUAAAGACAAUCUUGCCUAGAUUUUCAGUUAGCUCAUUGGCCUUGUUUGGUGUAAAAUACUGCAAUAUUUUUUUAAAAGAACAAUAUCUUUUUAAGUCAGCAUUGUUUUGAAUUAAGUUGGUAAUUUGAAUAAGAGCACAAACUUGUGAAGCAUUAUUUCUGUAUCCUUAUUUCAGUUUAUACCUGGUUUAAUAGCGUUUACUAGGUUUAGUUUAGUAAUUUUUUUUAAGUCGUUAAGAUAUUUUUGGUGUAUUAAUUAUAAAAAGAAAUGUAUGCUGUGAUAGCUUAUAAUUGAUAAAUAGAAUUCUAUUGUGUGCUGUGGAUUUAUGGUUCUUUACAUAAAACAUCUUUAUUAAAACAUUAUGCAUCUUUACAUAAAGUUCUAAAGGAAAGUAGUUUAAUAUUUUGCAUAAUAACUUCUGUAGGUGAAGACACAGCUGUCAAAAUAAAACUGAAAUGUACCCAAUAUUUGUGUUCUUAUUGCAUGCAAAUAUAUUGGGCUGCUGGCAGUUGACAGAGUGUUAUCCUAAAAAAUUUAAGAAAUAACUCAAACUGUUUGGUAAUUACGAGGGGUGAUAGAUAAGUUUGUGGCCUAAGGUAGAAGGCGUCAAGUUUAGAAAACCUCGCCCAUUUAUUUUUCAACACAGUCCCCUCCUACAUGUACACACUUAGUCCAGUGGUCGUGGAGCAUACAGAUCCCUUCUUUGUAGAAGUCGGCGUCUUGGACCUCCAGAAAGUGUCCACAGCAGGAGUGAUUGAUAAGUUCAUGGCCUAAGGUAGAAGGACAUGGGUUAUACAGCUCUUGUUACAUGCACAUGCAGUUCAACUCUGAGUGAUUAUGCAGAAAGUUAGGCCACAAACUUAUCAAUCACCCCUUGUAUGUAGACAUUGCUAAUUAGAGGUAUGUUGUUGAUUGCAGCUGUAUUUCCACAUUUCAUUCUGGCAAAGCCUCAAAGGGUCUACUCUGCACUGUAUCUCAGUAUAUUUCUAAAAAAUGUUGGUUCACAAAUAAACCAGAUUCCCCACUAACUCCUUCAUGUUCACUCCGUAUUCCCAUCAAGCCAGGUACAGUAAGGACAGUAUAUAGUGUACCAUUCCUCACGUUUCUGAGGUGGGAUAAAACAGUACAGAGAGAAUGUGCAAAUUUCAAUGAACCAGCAGUACUGGAGAUGAGAUAGCAGUUCCACUAACCUAGACAUUGUGCCACCCAUUUUGUUUAUAAUUUGCUGUUUAUCUGAGAGAUUUGGGUGAGAUUAUUAACAAAUUUGUAAAAGGAGUGGGAAAGGGAUCUUUUGUGUUCCAUUGUGUAAGUGUUGGUCUUUUAAGUCUAAAACCUUACCUGCAGUUUAUCUGCAAUCUAUUUUUAAUUAAUAUUACUAGGGAUAAUACCGUAAGUCAGCCAUAAUGAAAUGGUGGAGAAAACUCAACGGGCAGAAUGGCUUAUUUCUUCUCCUAUGUUUUAUGGUUUUGUAGUCUAAUAUGAAAUCUUCAUCCAUUCCAUGUCUAUCUUUGGUCUUGACUUUUACUUCUCCAGGUUGACAGCAAACUUUGCUGCCUGUGGCUAGCACCAGUCCUAUUGGAAGAUCACUUUUGUGCUUGCUGACUUGGAAUUAGAUUGCUAUUUGUCAGUAAUCAGUUAUUAAUGUUCACACCUUGUUUUGAGAUUUCUUUAUUAUCAUACCAUUCUUUUAAACUUUCACAGCCCAUAAUCUUCCACAGGCACUGUGCUUUACAAGUUCUGGUCUCUUGUUCAUUAGGAAUCCCCGUUGCUGUUUUUCCAUCAAUGUCAGCCAUCCUUUUGAUGCCUACACCUUAAGCUCUCAGAUUCCAUCACCAACUCCUUGCUUCUAAGAUAUUUGUAAUAAAUAUAUUUAAUCAAGCAUUUAUUGUUUAUCCUUAAGUGGCUGGGUUUGAUAACACUGCUGUGAAGUGCCUACAGAGAUUGAACUUAAAUUGUAAGACUUUUUGCAACUGCAAUUCAGAUCUUGAGAUAUUAUGAAAAGUUAUUUUGCCAUGUGUUGCUUUACACACUUUGCUUCCCGUGGGAAGAAGUGGCAGACUAAUGCAGAAUGUUAGUUUACAAGAAGAAUGGCGGCCCUUGGUGUGACAUUACUGUAAUGA